AAAAACACAGACUGAGUUAACGAGCUGCUUCUGAUUGGAGUCCUUCACACGAGAAAAGGAGGAAGGUGAAAAGGUGAAAAGGGGAAUUGGCAAACGUCCUGAGUCUCGACACCUCCCUGUGUGCGUCCACCCUCUAAAAACACAACAUUAUUUAUGAGAAUCAUCUAAAAAUAAUCAUAUUUCUGUCCGUCUUCCUGGAAACUCAUCCCCAUAAUUAAACGUUUAUCUGGGUUAGAGUAAAGAUAGAAUUAGCCGAGAUGCUAACGGAGCUAAAUGUCACCACGAUGUUGAACUUCACGACCGCGCCCCCCGUUGGCGGUUGCCCUCCGGUCGGGAUCCAACUCGAGGGUCUCAUCCUGCCCCCCGUCCUCACCAUCGACGUCACCCUGGGGCUUCUGGGUAAUGCAGUUGCCCUGUGGAUCUUCUGCUUUAAGGUGAAGAAGUGGAACCCCAACACGCUGUUCCUCUUCAACCUGGUGAUCGCAGACUUCCUGGCGCUGGUCAGUCUGCCUCUCAGGAUCCACGCUCUGAUCGUCCGUCACUGGGUGUUCGGAGACGCCAUGUGUCGGAUCAACCUCUUCCUGAUGUUCUCCAACCGCUCAGCUAGCAUCGCACUGAUGACCGUGGUGGCCAUCUACCGCUACUUCAAGGUGGUCCACCCUCACCACCGGGUGAACCUCAUGACGAGGCGUCAGGCUGCGUUCGUGUCUCUGAUCGUCUGGUUUCUGGUGAUCGGCCCCCGUGUUCCCAUGCUGGCCUUCAACCACAUUAAGAGGCGCGGCCAUCGCUCGCAGUGCUUUUUCUUCACCUCCUACAAGGAGGCGUCUCGCUCCAUCCUCAUCUUGCUGAAGAUGCACCGCAUCCUGACGGUUCUGGAGUUCUUCCUGCCGGCCGCCAUCUUGCUCUUCUGCUCCGUCAGGAUCCACAGCUUCCUGCGAGGACGACAGAUCGGGAACCCGGAGAAGGUGCGUAAGGCGAUGCGUGUGUGUGUGGCCAUCGUGCUGGUCUUCACGCUGUGUUUCCUGCCCACCACCCUCUCCACCCUCGGGCUCUGGUUCAUCACCUCCUUCAGACCCUGGGACUGCGCCUCCUUCUACUCCUUCACCCAGAUCACCAUCGUGUCUCUGGGGAUCAGCUCCCUGAACUCUGCUCUGGACCCCGUGGUCUACGUGUUCUCCAGCUCCACCUUCAGGAGGGCUCUCUGCGGCUCGCUGCCCAGGAGCCUGCGCUGCUGCGGGAGGGAAGAGGAGGCGCAGUCAUCCUCCUCCACGGGGACUCAGAGCACCGUCCAGCAGGAGCUGAAGACCAUCAGGAGCUGAAGACCAUCAGGAGCUGAAGACCAUCAGGAGCUGAAGACCAUCAGGAGCUGAAGACCACCAGGAGCUGAAGACCAUCAGGAGCUGAAGACCACCA